AUGAAAUAAUAUUUUAUUGCUUCCAGACCAUAUUAAAAAGUAUCAUCAUUUUAGAGAAAGUCUCUUUUGCAUUUGGUAUUUAUUAAAGGUUUUAAAAUAAAACAUGUAAGAUAUUCAUAAUAAAAUGUUAAAGGCAGCCAAAAGUCUGAAUAUAAAGUACCCAGCAGCCAAAUAGAUAAUUGUUUAUCAUAGAAAAAAUGUCAUCAUAAAGAAACUAAACAUAAAAUAAAAGACUUAAUGUGUUCCCUUGAUUAAGUAAAACAGCUCAAUAACAAUAAUAUCAAGUAUUGGAGGUAGCCAAAUCACUUCUAAAAUACAUUUUAAAUAUGAAAUUCGAAAUAAUUCAUAAUAUAUUAUUACAUCUAUACCUUAAUGA